AUGGGAGAGAAUUUGCUUCAAAAUCUCUGCUGGAAGACCGAGCCCUCUGACACACAGGAAGUUGUUUUGCCCACGUGGACGUGGGUAUCUCAACCAACUGACGUGUCAUUCUGCUUUGCCCCCAAGCCAGAGACGCACGAAGGCAUUAUUCCGCUCGCGGUAUUAGUCUCAACUGACGCCAAGGUUAACGAGAGCACAUUACAGGCCUCGGGCUCUCUCACACUCAGGGGAUCUCUUUAUGCCUCACGUCUCCUCAAGGACUUCUCUAUCAAGGUAGAUAAGAGACCGCUCUCGCUGAAUCCUUUCUGGGACCGCAAGGCCUACGAAUCGCGAGAAGACUAUUACGUCUUUGAUUUGCUGGGCUAUAGCUGCGAGAAGAAUCAAGCAUGGAACACUUACGGUGUCAAGAAGUCGCAUCCUGCCAAGAUGCUCCUGAUGCUGGAGCCAGCCGACGAGACUCUCACUCGGUUUCGCCGGCUGGGGCUUGGAUUCUUGGGGUGGAAGGAUACGUAUCCCCCGUAUGGAUAUGCACCUGUCAAACCAAUAUGGAUCGAUGACGAGACUCAGUUUGAGCACACCAUCACUCUUGUCUAA